GCCCCUCGAGUCAGUCAGCUUCUUUUAUCUCUCUCUUCCCCUCUCUUUCUCUCUCGUUCACCGGACUCCGGCGACAUGUUCGACGGGAAAAGUUUUCUGGCGUAUUCUCCUGAAAUUCGAUAGCUGAGAUCCGAUCAAUCCUCUAUAGUUGCCGGUAUGCACCUGAAAGUUUCUUCUUCUCAUCAAUUUUAUCCGGCGACUUCUAUCCGUCAUUAAUUCUCUCUCCGGUAUCCUCCAUUUUUCGACGGCGAGAUCCGACCAAUUACCUCCGUCUGAUUGGGAUCCGAACGUCUUGCUAGAGGUUCGAUGCUGAGCACGAUACGGAUAUGGAUUUAUAUGAUUGAUUUGGUCGAUUGAUGGAUAAAAUAAAUAGAUGGAGAAUGUUGGCCUGCAAAUAUCUGAACCUUUCCUCCGACUAUUGGGAACGUGAGCGAGAGUUGCGGCAUAGCGUCAAUGAUGUCCCUUCAGCUUGUUGUUUGUUUGCAAAAUUGGUAUAAUUUUCUCGGAGCAUGGUAAAGAUCUGUUAAUAUGUUCUCAGAGAGCUUUAGAUUGAAGAAACUGUUACAUCAUUUAUAUAUGAAAAAUAAAUCUUGCUAGGAUUAUUUUUUGGGGAAAGAAGAAAUGGAAACUAAUCUCUCAAAUAUGAGGUCGAAGAGACGAGUCUAUGAUGGAUGUGGUCAAAUAGAAACAAAUGGUUCUCUUCUCCCUGGUCUUUGUGAUGAUGUGGCGUUGAAAUGUCUAGCUUUGGCUUGUAGAUCUGAUUAUGCUUCAUUAUCAUGCCUCAACACAAGGUUUAAUAAGUUGAUCAAAAGUGGGAAUUUAUAUGGAGAGCGGAAGGUCUUAGGAAUUGCGGAGCAUUGGGUGUAUUUGGUUUGUGACCUGAGGGGAUGGGAGGCAUUUGAUGCCAUGAGAAAGAAAUGGAUGAAAUUGCCCAAAAUCCCCUGUGAUGAGUGUUUCAACCAUGCAGAUAAGGAGUCAUUAGCUGUGGGCAGUGAAUUGCUGGUCUUUGGCCGUGAAUUUUAUGAUUUUGCGAUUUGGAAGUAUAGUUUAGUUAGAGGCAAUUGGAUCAAAUGUCAAGGAAUGAAUCUCCCUCGUUGUUUGUUUGGGUCAAGUAGCCUUGGUUCCAUAGCUAUUGUUGCAGGUGGAAGUGAUAAGAGCGGGAAUGUCUUGAAAUCAGCAGAAUUAUAUGACUCUUCGUCGGGUAGAUGGGAAAUGUUACCCAACAUGCACUCCCCUCGCAGAUUGUGCUCUGGUUUUUUCAUGGAUGGGAAAUUCUAUGUGAUUGGCGGGAUGACAAGUCCUACUGAUUCAUUAACUUGUGGAGAGGAGUUUGAUCUUAAGACUAGGGAAUGGAGGAAAAUAGAGGGAAUGUAUCCAAAUGUCAAUAGAGCUGCUCAGGCACCUCCUCUUGUGGCAGUUGUGGAUAACCAGUUAUAUGCAGUUGAGUAUUUAACAAACAUGGUGAAGAAGUAUGACAAGGAGAAGAACACAUGGGAUGUGUUGGGAAGGCUUCCAGUCAGGGCUGAUUUGUCAAAUGGUUGGGGCCUGGCUUUCAAGGCAUGUGGGGAGCAACUUCUGGUUGUGGGUGGGCAAAGGGGACCAGAAGGUGAAGCUGUUGUGCUGAACUCUUGGCAUCCAAAGUCAGGGGUCAAGGAUGGCACAUUGGAUUGGAAGGUUAUUGGUGUGAAGGAACAUGUGGGGGUUUUCGUCUACAACUGUGCUGUCAUGGGUUGUUAAGAAUUCGGUCUUUAGAUUGACUCAACAGGAGGAACAGGUAUCUGCCAUCUUGCCUGGCCUUUUAGGUUGCUUCCUGCUCAUUUAUCUGAUUGACUAGAAUAGAUAUUGUUGAGACAGCCUCUCUCAAGCUGAGAACUUGUUCCUUUUCUUUUAACAUUACUGUAUUUGGAUGUGUUCCUUAUUUCCAUGACCCUGCAAGUCUCUUUUCUGUCAAGAGGUCACUCUGGCAAUGGUCUGCUCUCUUAUCUUAUUUUUCAAGUGAUGUUUCAGAUCCACAUCCAAACUUUUCAUACGAAUAAAUUGAAAAGCUUUAUUGUUUCAUGUUUUGAA